GGAAUGAUCUUCCUGGAAACAACUCCCAUGUCAGCAUCUCAUUUACAUUAGUUAUUUGGGUACAAGAGGCCCCGCCCAUUUGCAGACUGAGGAUAAAUAGAAGCAGAACAUUUAUUCCGGCAUCACUGCUACUGGAGAGACAGGUCAGAAUGCUGCUCAACUCUCCAAUCAGGCUGCUCGUGGCACUCGCGCUCACAGCGACACUGGUGGUAUCACAGGAUGAAGAACAAAGUUGCCCAGACAACGAGCAGUGGUACCAAGAAAAGCCCUGUUUGCAGCUCUGUGGGGCCCAAGAGAAAUGCAUAUAUAGGCCUGGAUCUGGCUGUGAUUGCAAACCCGGAUAUACCAAGCAGACUCUCGACUCUCCGUGUAUCCCAAAAAAUGAAUGUAUCAUCUGUGAAGAGCUGAAAGUCUAUACCCCCUGCAAUAAGUUCUGCCCACCUACCUGCAAGCCCAAAGGGUGCAUUGAAAUAUGCGCCCCGGGGUGUAUAUGCAAACAAGGAUACGCGUGGCACAAUGAAAAGUGCAUCCCUGAGUCAGAGUGUCCCAAAUAAUAACAUGAAAACUGGAAAACUACUAAAUGUUACCCCAAUAAUUAGUACUUGGGCGGGACUGUGCCAAAUGGAUCCUACGGUUGGGCGGGUUGGCACGUUACAAUAAAAGAAAUUUAUCACAAAA